AUGUCUACUUUCCAAGCAGUCAACACCACAUUGUCGGUCCCAGAUGCGCCACAGGGCCGCCCGGGUGACGAGACGACGCCGACUACUCCUCGACCGAACAGCAGGUUCUUUGCCGAAUCGAAAGCGACCGAAGAGAUCCGCGCCGAAGACCCAUCGGCUAAGACACCUACACGCAACACCUUUGCGGGACUUGUUGGUCAGCGACCACUACCCUCGUCGCCGUUUACACCCGGCCGCGAGCUGAGCGAGACACCUUCAGCUUCGAACAAGAGCGAACAAAGUAGAGAGGACUCGCAUAGGCCAACAACCUCGGGACAAGACGUGCAUAUGGGUGAUGGGGAUGAUGACGAGAAAGACGGAUCGGACAACGAUAGCGUAACCAGCGAUUCCAACCGGCCGUCUAAAAAGAAGAAAGGACAACGCUUCUUUUGUACCGACUUUCCGCCGUGCAAUCUAAGCUUCACGAGAAGUGAGCAUCUGGCACGACACAUUCGUAAGCAUACUGGUGAAAGACCCUUCCAAUGUCACUGUUCCCGGCGAUUCUCGCGACUCGACAACCUCCGACAACAUGCCCAAACAGUUCACGUCAACGAAGACAUACCUUCGGAAUCGCUAGCUGCAACGGGUACGAGGUUCCAAAGGCAGAUCCGGACCGACAGAGUAAGACCACCUGGAAACCGAUCUCGAGCGAACACACUAGGCAGCACAGGUGGCCAUAGCAGAGGCCACAGCAGAAACCUCUCAGCUUCAAGCAUAAUCUCUACCGCUUCGACCAUGAGCGCGGCACCUUCUCCCGACAUUCGACGUAGGCCACCACCUUUGGCCAUGGCUAGUGAUGGUGGUGCUAGCGCGAGGGCUCGCCUGUCACUAAAUACCAUGAACGCGUAUGACCCACCGAUGAUGGGCUCUCCUGGGCCUGUCGACAUCCGCAUUGUCAACAAUGGCGAUGAGGCUUCCAUCGUCCGUGUCAUGGAUCUACUCGAUAAGAAUGACCAGCCGGAACUGGGCGACAUGAGCGAUCUGGACCCCGUCAAAGUCAGUCUCACCAGGUUCGCGGCGGUCCUUAGGCGGAGGAAGGAGUCAUUCGAAUACCCCGCUAAUAGCCUCAUUACUUUCAAGCACAUUUUGACUGGGAAUCAACAGAUUGCGAUCACGAAGAGCGAGCAGCUCGCAUACGCAUUGGAACUACUGCGUACACGGGGAAAGAGUGAGAUUGAGAUGAGGGUAGACACAUUUGCAGAGGAAGAGGAAGAGGGAGAGGAAGAUUUGGUUGGAUAG